UGUCCUCUGGCAGCAGCAAAUCACGAGGUGCCGUGCCAAGAAUUGUCACUCCACCUCUCUCAAGUCGCACUGGGGCUGCCUCGCAGCAAGCCGACACUUAAGCGCCUGUUCACUGGCGCUGGUGGCUGCUGCUGGUGACACGGAGCUGUAGCGGAGAGUUCCACAGAGUCCCCUGACGCCACGGAGAGAUUAAAAAUCUUAACCAUGGCCGACGAGCAAGACAACGUUGGACUGCUGCAGUUGGAGGAAGACACAGACAGCCUGUGCGAUUUCCAGCCUCUGCGAAUGUUCACCUGCUUCCUCAGCUACUGCGACGCCGACAGCGACUGGGCUCAGGGGCUCAUCUCCAAACUGGAGGGCCCCGAGCGUGGGUUCAGAGUGUGUCAUCACGAGCGAGACUUCCUUGCCGGGAAGCCCAUCGUGGACAACAUGGUGGACGCCAUCCACAGGAGCCAAAAGAUCUUGCUGGCCUUGAGCGCCGACUACUUAACCAGCCGAUGGUGCACGUGGGAGACGCACAUGAGCAUCCUGGGCAACACGAAGAUCGGCAAAGCGAUCGUGCCAAUUCUCGUGGGGCCAGUCGACAUACCCUUCCAGCUCAAGCACCUCACCUGCCUGGACGCCGCCGACCCGAACUUCUUGGUCAAGCUGGAGGCCGUGCUGCGCACGCCGAACAGCCUCAUCGAGUUGUCCGCAACCCUUCCAUCGCCUUCCCGCAUGAUGCACAACGGGAUGCUGCUCCAGGUGAUGAGACCGCGAGAGCAGAACCUGGAGCCCUGGAAAGUCGGCACCUUCAACGAGUACAUGAUCCCGCUGGCGCUCGGGUGGAUCGUCAGCCUGCAGGACUUCAUGAAGGCCAUGCUCAUCAUCAACAAAAUGCCAAAGACGGCGAGCGUCUUCAGUGAAAAUGAAAAGCGAGAAAGAUGCAAAAGACUGUUGCAUAUCUUGAUGGUCGCGCUGAUCGUUGCUUUUAUAGCCAUCUACUAUAGAUUUAUCCAAUAUACCGAAAACCGUCUAAUCCUCCCCGCGUCAAUCAGCGGCUUGGUGCUGUUGCUGGCGCUGCUGCUCGGGACGCUGUGGUACGUGUGGACGUGGCCCCGGCACGAGUACCGCAGGCAGCAGGCGCGGCUGCAUGAGCGGGUCGGGGAGGCCAACCGCGUGUUCAUCACGCGCAGCAUCAUGGCGGGAUGCGGGCCCAGGGGGGAACUGCUCUUCGUGUACAUGUGCGUGGAGCAGUGCCGCGUGGUCGUCUGCGACAUGUUGAACGCGUGCCUGAGCCUCACGCCCGCGGAAACCGAGGAGCUGUUCGCCAAGGCCCUGCGCCUCUUCUCGUGCGCCUACGUCGCGACCGCGGUGAACAAGGGCUUCGCGCCGAAGGAUGCGGGAGGAGCCGCCGUCAGCCACGUGGAGGAGGGCAUGUGCUUCUGCGAGUACGUUCAGCACGUGGCGCGCGUCCAUCACAAGAUGCCCCUCGGACGCUGUUUAAUCCGCAGGAACAAAGUCAUGGUUUCCAAGUAUAAGCUGAGUGACAUCUACACGGAAGCCAACACCCGAAGGACGAUUUGGCAAUUCUCAAAUUGAAACUUGCGCCCCGCAUCUCCUGCUCGGCCGCAUUGUAUCGGCGCGUAGGCUCGACGGCCCUCUCACCGUCCAUCGAAUCCACGUCCGCCGAUGGCUACACACUCAAACACACACACUCAUUCACACACACACACGUGCUUGGUUUCUUUCUUUGCAAGUCAUCUUGCAUGCACGAUUGGGAUGCGCUCAGGUUUAUACGGAGCACGUUUAUUUUUGUUUUCCUUUCCACGAGUCCGAGUUUAUUUUGUUGAACCGGGUGAGAACUGUCGUCUGAGAAGAGACCACGAUCAUCGCAUUUGGCGAGAGUGGCCCAAUGAGGAAACGUUUAGACCGCGGCGCUCGUGUCGAAGUUACGGGUACCGCUUUGCCGACUCCCUCGCACCGCUCCGCACACCAGAGAAUGCGUGACCCCCGGAGCGCGGCCGUGGUGAUGGGCACGGCCCGACGCGACAUUCGCGGCACCGCAAAGUCCUCGGAAAUCUUUGGAAGCCGCGCAGUUUAAAACGUAGCAGGCUUUCGCGACCAAUAUCAUCAUCCAUAAUAGAGGUUUUUGGGUUAAAUCGCAAUAAAUAUGUGUCGUUAAAACCCGCCACCACCCGACACAGCCAACUCGU